CACAGACACAUUUAGUGUACAAAUGGGCCGGGUACCCCAUUUUGCAUGCCCCUAUUAGCAUCCAUAUAUUCCAGUAAGCAGUAUCAAAUCGAUCGAUGAUCAUAAAUGGCGGAGGGCAAAUACGUGGAGCUCACCAAGGAUCAAGAAGCCGUCGAUAACAUCAUCCCGGGCGAGCUCAACCAGCCCAUUGAUGUUGACAAGCUGAGUUGCCGGAGAUGCAUUGAAUGUGGGCAACCCUUGCCUGAAAGCUACCAACCUCCUGCUGAUGAAGAUUGGACCACUGGGAUUUUCGGUUGCACGGAAGAUACUAAUAGUUGCUUGACUGGACUCUUUUGUCCAUGUUUAUUGUUCGGUCGAAAUGUCGAAAGGCUUAAUGAAGAAAUAUCCCAAAGAGGGGCAUGCUUUGGCCAUGUAAUUUGUGUUGAAGGUGGCAUCACUCUUGCUGUUGCGACAGCAGCAUUGCAUGGCGGCAUUGAUCCCCAUACAAUGUGCCUCAUUACCGAGGGCCUACUCUUUGCGUGGUGGGUCUGUGGCAUCUAUACAGGCAUGGGGAGGCAAGCAUUGCAGAGAAAAUACCAUCUAAAGGAUGCACCUUGUGACCCAUGCUUGGUACAUUGCUGCUUCCACUGGUGUGCUGUGUGCCAGGAGCACAGAGAGAUGAGGAAUCACCUGGCUGAAACCACUCCAUCAGUAGUAACCAUUGUAGAGCCGCCACCCGUUCAACAGAUGAGUGCUGGCGCGAAACAGGAAGCAGAAUCUUCGUCGGGCAAAGAAAUCGUUAGUGCGAGUAAUUCUUAAAACUUGGACAGAAGUAGUAGUUCUUGCUGCUGGCUUUGUUCAUGGAACCCUUUCAAACCAAAUAAUUACCUGAAAGUAUUUCUGUCCAAUGGUCAAUAGUUGAAUUUGAAAUGAAAGACGAAGAAAGAGGUUUCUCUCUUUUGCUCUCUAACCAGAUACAAAAAAUCAUUUUCCGUAUCAUUUUCUUUUCCAUAUUUUUUGAUCAAACAUUGGGUUAAACAGUGUUUCGAAACU